GGCAUGUAAAGUAGCCAACUCCUAGGAGUGUUGUUUGAUGUUAGAAAAUUCACUUGAUUGUGUUGGUCCACAAAUAGAAGAUAAACUUAAUUGAACUACCGGUGCUAUGGAUAAGCCAUUCAAUGAUCAAGAAAAUAAUGAUCCAAAUGUGCAACAAACAAAUGAGUUUUUUAGUGCCGCAAAGCUCAAGAAAAAAGAGGUUCCGUCAAAGAAUUUGAGGAGAAAGAAAAAUUGGCUUGACAAGUUAUUCAAGGGGAAGCGCAAGCCAACUAAAGUUUCCGCUUCCAAAAACAAAGGAGCAAAGCAAGAAAAGAAACAUGAUGGUGUAGAGUCUCAAGUAGGAGCGGAGAAGAAAGAUGGCAGCGGUAAAGGAGCAAAUGUGGAGCUUCAUCAUUGUAACCCGAUUAUGAGUUUCACGGAACUCUUGACAACUCCCUCCUAUGGUGUUUAUGGUGAAGAUAUGUUCUAGCUUGUUCAAGUUCGCUAGAUAGUGUAUUGAACAUGGAUGACCAUAGUAUAGUAUUUUGGACAGGGUUGACUAUAGUAUUUUGGAUUUCGGGGCUAACUAUAGUC